AUGGAACGGACAGCAGUUGACGGGAAACGAGUUCCCAAACCGAUGAAACGCUGGAGUCCGAGCCCAACACAGAAAAAAAAGAAGAUCAGUAAGCGAGCUGCCACCAGAAGUGUAUCGGGACGUCGUGGUGAGAGGAGCCGCAGUGGAAGGGGAAGAGCGGAUGAGCAACAAGUGCAGGUCGUCACUCCGGUACGUACCCCAGUCCAGCCACGAGGUCGUAACGCUGAGAGGAGCAACGUCAACCAUAAAAGAGUGUUGCCUUCGAUAGCAUGCAGUGCUAGAGGUGCGAAUCGCAAACGUGCCGGAAGCCCACCGUCAGGAGCCGCCAAGAGAGCUCCAGCCCGACGUCAAAGUCCGCCAGUAGAAGAGGAAUCCGAGGAGAGUGACAGGGAUUCUGAGGAGGAGAUGGAGGAGGAGGAGGAGGUGGAGCAGGUGGAGCCUCAACCAAAGGUCCCGAGUCUUAUGCCACGCGCCGAGAGCCCAAAGGAGAAUCCAGAAGCUCCGUCAUCAGGUGAAACAUCUGAAGCCGAGUCUGAGGAGGGGGACGACGACAAGGAUCAGACGGAUUCUCAGAUGAAGGAGAAUGAGGAGGAUGAGGAGUGUGACACAUCAUCUGGAGCGGAAACGGAAGAAUCUUCUUCUAAAAAAGUGUCACCGGACCGCCCGUGCACUUCAAGUCAAAAUGCUCCAGGAGCCGACGAGUCAAGAUCACCGAGUGCUGAAUCGGAGCAGACGACGACGACACCAGAAUUGAAUUCGUCGAAUUCCACGACGUCAAGUCGUCAGAGUGAGAAUCCAGAUGCAAUGGAGCAGAAGGAAGAAGUUGAUGUGCCACCAUCCACUCCCCGCCAACCCAGACGCCUCGACAAAUUGACACAAUUGAAUCCUGCCACAUCAUCAUCAUCAUCUAGAGCGGUGUCGGAGGAGCUUGAAGUAGAAUCGACGAAUGCUCCGAGAGCUGAGGAGAACAAGGAGAACGUUGUUGCUGCUGAAAAUUCAGAAGCAAUGGAGCAGGAGGAAGAAGUUGAUAUGCCACCAGCUCACCGCCCAUCUAUCCGCCUCGAAGAUGUUUCGUCGACAUCAACUCAAAAUGCUCAGAGAGCCGAGAACACAUCUGGAGUCGAAAACGAGGAGCCGAGUGUGACGACUCCUUCUACACCAAUCCGUUGUCAUGAGAGCUCAGAAGCAAUGGAGCAGGAGGAAGAAGUUGCUAUACCACCUCCCGUCAUCUCUUCCCCACCGCCAACUCGCCGCCUAACUAGACUCCUUGCCAAAUCGAAUCCAGUUGAGCCUGUCCCAAGAGCUGUAUCGAAGGAACCACUGUCUUCUUCUAAGAAACAAACCAGAGACGUUCCAUCUACGUCAAGCCAGUUGGAUUCGGACCGUCCGUCUACAUCGUCAAGCAAAAAUGCUCUAAGAGCACAACAGCAAGUGGAGAAGGAGAACGUGCCGACCACCACGUCAAGUGAAGUCACCGCAAAUCUUUCAAAACUCGCGUGCUGCCCCACCGACGACGCCACCACUCUCCCAUACCACGCCGGUAAUCUCCGCUGCGUGAACAACCCAGACUGCCGAAUCCCUCCAGACGCAGAAUUCUGGGAGCUCGAGGACAGUGUCACAGAGACGUUCUACUGUCUGAAGUGUUUCGAUGAGAAAAAACCGAAAGGAAAGUUCGAAAAGAAGAAGAACGACAACGACGAAGUGGAGCCGAUUCUGGAGUGCCAGAAGUGUCGUGGGAGCUUCCAUCAGUGUUGCUCAUUCUAUUAUGAAGAGGACCUGUCGAAGUUCAUCUGUGAGGUGUGUACCGGAGUCCGUGUCAAGAAAACGAUUGAUGGGGUGGAGAAGUCUCCACUGGCAGCGUACAUGACCAAGAAGAUGUUGAAUUUCUUGGCGAGUCGACUCGGCGGCGUUGUGGAGCACCCGAUUCGAAUUUGUGGAUACUCCGAGGCAAAGAGCGCAAAGAGCUCGACCGUCGUCCCGCCCAUCUUGAGACAGCAAUUUGUGAAGAAGCACUCGAAGACGAUGAACUACGUGUCGAGAGCUCUCCACGUCUACCAGAGAAUCGACGACGUGGAUGUCAUCACUUUUGCCAUUUAUACGGCAGAAUAUGAGUUUCGCGGAGGAGAGGAGAAAUGGAGUUUGAUCGACUACAUCGACUCGCUACCGUAUUUCAAGAAAUUCGACGGAGUUCAAAAAAAGGAAAUCCACCACAUGCUAAUCCACACCUACUACGAAUACAUGGGCGGUCUUGGAUUCAGGAGUGCCCAUCUAUGGUCGAACCCACCACAGAAGGGAGAUGAUUAUGUAUUCAAUAUCCACCCAUUCGACCAACCAUUCUUGAAUCCCACUGGAUUGAUUGGUUGGUAUCAAUCGCUUCUCAGAGCCGGACAGGAAAAGAAGAUACUCGCCGGGUUCUCCGAUUUCCAAGGAGCCAGAAGCCGAUUCGCGAAGCCUAUCGAUAUUCCAGUUUUUGUCGGAUCCAUAUGGUCUACUGUGUUCCAGGAGGCCAAGAAGACAACGUCAAUGAAAGUUUUCGAGAGCGAAUUGGAGGAGAAGAAGGCGAAACAUGGCGACGACAACUUCUUCAUUGAGAUCGCCGCCCCGACCACUCGCCAACCACAAGAGACCGCCCAUCACACACAUGAGAUUCUUGGGGACCGAGUGAAGUUGCUGGAGAUGUGUGUGGAGAAGAACUGGCAAUUUGAGAACUUGAGACGUGCCAAGUAUUCAUCGGUGGCGCUGAUUCGGAUGAUGGAGGAGCAGGAAUAG